AUGUCUGCUCAAACCGAAGCGAUUUGUAUUCGUGCUGGAUACAUCAUUUUCAAGUGUUAUUCUGAGAUGGGCGAUGAAACUAUUUGCAGAGAAAUGCUUCCCAAGAUCUGGAUGCUGGUUGAAGAUAUCGUGCCUAUCCAUCCUUCGGUCAAUCAUACUUACACUGAGCUCCUGCUUAGCUCAAAGUCAGGCAGAAGAAGUUUACUUCUUGCUGAUCCUGCCGCUGUUGGAGACAAUCCAGCCAAGGAAUUCCUUGAUUCUCUCCUCUCUUAUCUUUCGGUGAUGCCAUACCUUGAUACUCCUGACUUGAGAUCGAUGAUGGAUCAAUUCGGGAAGCUUUAUGAAGGACUUGGGUCCUUGCUAUUCAUUCUCGCCCAGCCGCCAAACAACUUUGAUCUGAAGAUGAAGGAUGCCAUUUUUUAUGUGAUAUAUGAUGCCGGAGUCUUCAUUUGCUCACUGUACCAGACGCCCGCAGUGGAAAAGCUGACGGAUCUCACCAGUGGUGAAGCUGAAACAAAUUCAAGGGGACAUGCCCAAACUAUUAAAGAUGAACUUGUCUUCUUGAGAUCUUUCUUGAGAGACAUUGUUGAGUUGCGCCGUCAAAAGGAGUACCUCCAAGCUUUACGGAAUCAUGUUUUGGAGCUGGUGUGCAGGAUAGAGUGUCUCCUCGACUACCUACUAGCCAAUGACCUUUCUGAUUCUUUCCUUUCAUCCUUUGAUUCCUUAAUGAAAGACAUCGAGAAUGUUAAGAUGGAAAUCCAACUCCAGAAAUUAGAAAUCCAAAUGGAGGGAGUAACAUUGAGUCAACAAUCUCAUGUGCCGCCAUCUCAGCAGCAGUCUCCCCAACUGAAAAAUGAGGUCGUCGGCUACCUUGAGGAGGCAAAAUCAGUUAAGAAUCGCCUCAUGAGAGGAUCGAAGACCCUGCAAGUUGUUCCCAUUGUGGGAAUGCCAGGACAAGGUAAGACUACGUUGGCUGCAAAGAUUUACAAUGAUCCUUCUGUUUCGCUCCACUUUUCUGUUUGUGCAUGUUCUACCGUGUCACAGGUAGUGGAAAAAAAGACAGUCCUCCUCGGCCUUCUAAGCCAAAUUGAUCCCGAUGAAUCUUGCGAAUUCAUUUCGGAGUAUGAUUUAGUGGAGAAAGCGUGGCGCCAUUUAAAAGGACGGAGAUAUCUCAUCUUUUUAGAUGACGUCUGGGAAGCUGAAGCAUGGAGUAAUUUGAAAGAAGCUUUCCCUGAUGAUCAGAUGGGGAGUAGAAUUAUGGUGACAAGUCGUCGACAUGAUAUUGUUCCCCCCGAAGAACCUCACAUACUUAGACCAUUCACUGAAGAAGAGAGCAUGGAGUUGUUACAAGGAAAGUUAUUUGGUGGGAGUUGCUGGCCCCCUGAAUUAGUUGAUAUUGGGACGAAAAUUGUCCAAAUCUGUAAGGGGCUACCUCUAACAAUUCUUAUUGUAGGUGGAAUUUUAGCAAACACAUCGCGAGAUGGUUGGGAGACGAUUCUAGGUGGUCUAAGAUCAGGCAUGGUCUCGAGUGCAGAACAGUGCCGACACACGUUGGAGUUGAGCUACAGCUCCUUACCGGAGCAUUUGAGGCCUUGCUUUCUCUAUUUCGCAGCAUUUGCAGAAGAUAGUGUGGUUCCUCUGGCCUUCCUGGCUAUUGAAGGCUAUAUGACGGACAUCCCACCAUUGAUAGGUGGUAGUUUUCCUUUGGAAAAUCCUGACACAUCACCUGAUUUAUGUGAAUUGGAUAAACUUUCUGGUGUUGCUAUUCCUUGUCCAGGCGACAUGGAAGGCUUACUGAAAAGGUUUCCAAAUGUCCGUAAGUUGAAAUGCACCCUUUUGGUUUCUCCUGAAGAAACAGGAGAUUAUAUCAAGGUUGUGGUUCCAGAAUCUUUGAGCCAACUAGAAUCACUUGGUAUAUCACUGCCUUUCACAGGUGAACAGCCUAAUCGUAGAGAGUUUGAGUUUAGUUUCUCUGCGAAAUUGAAGAAGUUAUCAUUUGCAUUCUUCUACUUGUGUCGUAGCAGUCUAUCAACAAUUUCUAAACUUCCAAACCUUGAAGUCCUCAAGUUUACGGUUGUAAGCUUUGAAGGAAACACGUGGGAAAUGGAAGAGGGAGAAUUCUCCAAACUCAGAUUCUUGCAAAUGUCAUCAGUGGGUCUGCUCUCCUGGAUUGCUACUGAGGAUCAAUUUGAGUGUCUUGAGAAGUUGGCAUUGCUGGGCUGUGCAUCCUUGGAAGAGUUGCCUUCGUGCCUCGAAAAUAUUCCAACUCUUGCGACGAUUCAGGUCGUAAAUUGUUCAAAAACUGCGGUAGAAUUAGUGCAAAAUAUCAAGGAGAUACAAGAGGACAAUGGAAAUUCAGAGCUGGAGAUCAUUACUUCCCUGCUUUGA